GCUGAAGAAGGCACUGAUCCGGGAUGUCAUCGAUCCAACCAUCAUCUCCUCACUGCUCAGCCAGAUCAGCCUGAAUUUAGCAUUUGUGGCUUUUGCCAAGGUUGCACUCUGAAUAACUGCGCAGCUUUCUCAGCACUUUGUACUGCCUCCGGAACCCAGAAUAACUCCAUUUAUCUAUAAAGACCGUCCUCCCACUCACAAACAGCAUUAUGGUCAUCGUCGAGGAAAAGUGCAUGCAAUCUGUUCCGCCUCCUCCUUACGCCCCAAAUGGCACUGCACCCCCGCCUCCCUUCCCCGGUGGACAUCGCGGAGCAAUCAAGCUAUCUGAUUUAGCUCCCCAUCUAUUGUUGAAGAUUGUGUAUAUGAUGUUUCCACAAACACCUGGAAUUAAUGAGGGAAAGAUCGAACGUCAAAGAAAGACACUUUGUUGGCUCUCUACACACCUCCGGCUGGUCAAUCGCUCGUUUUACAUCGCAUGCGCGCAUGUACUGCGCUCCACAUAUUUGCCCGCAUACAAUUCAAUGAUACGCCCUCCCUAUUCAUCCGACCCAUUCCCAUUUUCUUCCUCGACUUCUACUUCCUCUGUUGAAACCCUGCAGCGGGAGACCAAAGUCCUCGACCUUUUCAUCGCACUAAAGGUCCAUGAAGAUGUUAUGCUCGAUGACUCAUCGCUUCACCUCGAGCGAGAGGAUUCGUUUAAAGACCUUUUCGACCUCAUGCAGCCGCGCAGCCGACUAGAGGACCUCGUUCGACACUAUGGUGUCCGAGAAGGAGUUGUGCACACAAACCAAACUGGAGUGAACGCCUCGUCCUCAUCGUCCUCCAUUUUCAGGGGCAAUAAUAGUGGAACUGGAUCUAUGAGCACAGGAAAACAGACAUCAGACCCCGCACCAGUGCCAUUUAGCUCGCUGUCUAUCUCGUUCUCACCGAGGCGGGUUGGACUCGUGCUAACGGCUUCAGGUAGGAAACGUACCAUUGUUGAUGUGGCUCGGACGAGAGAUGAGAAACUAGAGGUUACCGCAAAGAAACUUGCGCGGCAGCUGAAGGCUUGGCUCAGUGAUUGUUAAUGUAAGCAUUAUGUAGUAACAUUGAGUUCCAGAUUUGUUCCGCUGCUUAUUGAUGGUACGGUGCUAGAUAGACUUUCAGAUGCAUGAUGGUG